AUGCUGACCGAAUUCGGCGAAACAUGUGGAUGCAUCGGUCUUCAGCUGAAUCUGCAAAAGAAGAUGUUUAUGCGGAACGGAUGGGUCUCGGAUUUCCCAUUCUCGCUCAACGGACGGAACAUAUCCGAAUGCACCAGCUACGCUUAUUUGGGUCGGGAGUUGAACAUGAUGAAGUUUGCCAAGGAAAGUAAAAUGAGGUGGGUUGGAGACGUAACGCGCGUUAACGACAACCGUUGGACCAGAGCCGUGAGAGACUGGGUUUUCCGCGAUAUUAAGCGCACUAGAGGAAGGCCGCCGACCAGAUGGUCAGAUUUCUUCACGAUGUCCUUCAAAAAAAAUUAUGAUGCUCUUCGUGUCCCACGCUAA